UAUCAUUUUGAACUUUGACCCAAAUGUUCAGUUAUAUAAACGAUUGCCAAGGUUUUGGACAAAUAGUGGCUUAUCACCAUCAGCCCCAUUGCCAUUCAAUCGAACCGAUGUUGCACUCCAAUUAUUGACUGAGCAUAUGCAUCGAAAUAUGGAGUAUAUAUCAGCAUUGCCGAACUCAGGAAUCAAACAUAUACGCAUACAUUGGCUUUUAUCGUUAAUAAAAUUCAGUGGUUUUGAUAUCAACCAAGUACCGAAGUAUGAUUUCACCGCAUUGGACACAUUUCUUGAUCAUUUGAUGGAAAUUCAAGUGUUUCCUGUAAUUGAACUCAUGGGCGACAUUUUUCCAGUGAAAGAUAAUAUUCACGGCAUAUAUUUUAUGUGGAAAGAUUUUUCAUUUCAACUCGUUUCACAUUAUUUGACAAGAUAUGGCCAACGAACUGUAUUAAAUUUUCGAUUUGAAUUAUGGAAUGAACCAGAUGUCUUAAGCUAUAACAUCCUCAACUACUCAUUAACUGAUUACUUGGAAUAUGCAUACGGAGUUGCAAGUGGAUUGAAAGCGGGUGCAAGACGAAUGAAUUCGAUGGCAAAUAUUCCGCUGCGAGGUCCGGCUGGUCUAUUUAAAUCAAUUGAAAGACAUAAACUCUGCUAUGGGCUGUUAAUGGCCUGUAAUUAUAAUGUCUCCUCGUGUCCAAUAGACGUUUUGACAUUUCAUAGAAAAGGAGACAACAGUUCAACCGCUAUAUUAAUGGAAUCGAUCGAACUUUUGGACAUUUUACGCGAAAAAUAUCCCAAUCUCGAUUUACCGUACGCAAAUUCAGAGGCCGAUCCUUCGAGUGGCUGGUCAAAGAAUGUAACAUUAUAUGCCGAUGUGAACUAUGCUCAUACAAUUGUAUCAAUUGUUUUACAACAUUGGAAUGCAAUUUUGGAUGGCUCAUUGAAUCGACUCGAAUCCAUAAGUCAUGAUAAUUCAUUUCUUUCAUUUCAUCCGUUUGAAUUUUUGCAGCGAACUAUGCUCGCUAGAUUUGUUAUGAAUAACACAGAGCCAAAAACAGUACACUUUAUUCAAAAGCCGGUAUACGCUGCAUUGGGGAUGCUCAGCGCCUUAGCACAUACUGCAAACAAAAUGGAAACGAAUAGAAAUGUGAGCUAUGUUCUCUCGAUCGGCGAACAAUAUGCAGCUGCCUUAUUAUUCAGCAACAAAAAUACACUGGACGAUCACAUUGACAUCAAAUUAGAUUUAAAUUAUUGGACAAAGUCGCCAAAUGCAACAUUUGGAUAUUUCGCAGAAUUUUUAGAUCAAACACGCACAAAUCCGCAUUCUAUAUGGACCUAUUAUAAAAAUCCACCAUACCCCAACGAAACGGUUUUCGCUGAAAUGAUGCAUGCACAAGGUCCACACGUUUUACAAAAUCCGAAAAUAGUUGAAAAUCAGUCAUUCAUCAAAUUGGCCAUAACAUUUAAUCAUCCUUGGAUUGUUUUGGUGCGAAUUUGUGCGGCAUCAAUAUCAAAACCACAAAAAGUAAAAAAUGUGCGAAUCCGUUCAAUUGAUAAAAAUAAAAUUUUAAUUUUAUGGAACGAUUAUGAAUACUCGAACAACGAACGUUGCAUACGAACUUAUGAAAUAUAUUACGCAGCCGUGGCAAUGCCCGAAAACACUGAUCAUCAAAUGUUGCAGUGGCAAUUGAUAACAUCGAAUAAACACAUUCCAUUUCUGUCAUACUGUCAUCAAAUCUCAACUCCAAAUGAACAUUUCGCGGGAUACUAUAAGAUUCGAGCGAUUGACAUCUUUGGUCGUUACAGUGAAUUUUCUAAGAUCUACAAAUACAAGAUGAAAAGCAAACAAAGUCAAUUAACAUAGAAUGAAAUCGGACCUCUCUAUAGUGAUAAGUGUUAUGGUGUUUAAUUUAUGCUUGAAAUGUUAUCGCUUCUAACGGGAAUUAUCGGCGUAAGAAGAGAUUU